GAAGCGAAAAACAAUGUAUAAAGGAUGUUCAUGAGAAGCGAAUAAAGGUCCUGGGAUGAGCAAGAAGAUAUAGAUUAGGGUUUGAUUAAUAAAUUUUUUUUUUAAUAUAUAUAUUUAGAUCAAAAUUAUCCAGGCCAGACUCUGUAAUGGAUAGGUUUGGGACACUCCAGCUCUUCACUGCAGUUUCUCUGUUAGGCCAUGUGUGUCAUUGCUGGCAAGCCAGUGUACCCAAAACAGUCACAGCCAUCAGGGACAGCUGUGUGUUAGUGCCAUGCAGCACGAUCCCGUACAGUAAAGUCGACUGGUAUAAGUAUAAAUCCGUAGGCUACCCAGUUGUGUACUCCAAUGUCCAGAGUGAAAUACUUGAUCAAUUUAAAGGAAGAACAUCAGUCCCGGGUGACGCGGAAAAGGGAGACUGCAGUUUAAGGAUAAACAAUGUCCAGAAGGAAGACGGCGAAAUUGAUCUGUACGUAUGGGUCUUUAAACCUGAUGGAAGUCAUGAUGGAUUUGAAUACCAUACUACUAAAAUAAACAUUUUGAAUCCCACACAUCCUAUUAUAACUGCAGACAGUAUUCAGGUGGAUGGAAAGGCUUUCACUGCAAAGUGUAAAUUCAACACUUCUUGCCCCACACCACCAGAGAUGUUCUGGAAAGGUCUGGAUAACAUUUCUAAUAAACUGAUCCACACACAGAACAGUGACACGUUAUGGUACACCGAGAUCAUCGGUACGAUCAUCGUAAGUCGCAAGAACCAGGGCGCACAACUCAGCUGCACCGCCAAGCUCAAAGAGCAGGAGUAUCAAAGUACUUCGAUCACGCUCGACGUCUUAUAUGCCCCGACGGAUGUGAGAGUAGAUUUCACAGGAAAGAACACUGUGGUCGAAGGUCAAAGUAUCUCGCUUGCAUGCACCAGCGAUUGCAAGCCUUCACCAACAGACUACGAGUGGGUCGUCAACCAGAACAGCAACACAAAACGCUACAACGGAAGAAAUGUUGUCCUGAACAAUGUUAUGAGAAACACAUAUGUUUCCUGUAUCGCCAUUAACUCCAUAGGACGCGGUGAAUCAAAGGUGCUACCGCUCACUGUCUACUAUCCUCCAUCCAUCUUGCUCGGGUCGUUUUGCUCCGUGUCGAACAGACUACUAAAGUGUGUGUGUAAAGCUGUGGCCAAGCCAGACGCUGAGAUCUCUUGGACCAUAGAUGGCAGCAGUACACUUUCUCCUGCCUUGAACACCACGACCAUGCUCACUGAUAGUGUGACCGUGUCGGAGUUGACCGGACAGUGGGACGACGGGGGCAAUAUCACAUGCACAGCAACAAACAUCGCAGGGAGCAAAGUUCACCAAAUAGACAUUGACAAACGGGUUGAUUCAUUAGUGCUGGUGGCUGGGGUUGGAGCAGCCUGUCUGUGUGGAAUCUUAGGAGUUGUGACAGUGAUCAUGAUUUGUAAAAAGAGACGCCGAGCAGAACCACCUACAGACCUCAUCACUGUCCAGACUGCUAAAAUAAGCCAAAACAAAAGGUUAAGUUUUGAUGAAGACCUGUAUGUGAACGCAGAGCAGUUUGAAAAGAAGAGUAAAGAACAGGAUGCAGAGUCUUGUAUCUAUGAGAAUUAUGACAAAAGGCCCUGAAUCAAGAGGAAUCGAGAUGGCGACGCAUUCAACGUAAAAGAAAGUUUUGUGCAUUGAUGUGAUGGUCAUUUAAACAUUUCUGCUCUGAUUAUUUAUUAUGUCGCUUUGUAGAAGCCAACAUUCUGUUUUCCUAUUUAAGCUUAGACAAAAAUUUAUCAAGAGUAACUCCUCCUAUGGCUUUCGAGCACCCUAUGUUGUAGACCCUGGUCUGAAGUUUGUUGCUCUUACUUUUCUAAGCGAUUCGAGUACCGGUACUUCCGGUACCGCGUCUCAAAAUGGCCUUUUUCCCCCAUAGACUCCCAUUAUAAAUUUUGGAGGUUUAUAACUCAGCAAGCUUUCGAACUAUCUACACCAAACUUGGCCAGCUCCUUUAGGGUGAUACUCUGAACAAAGUUUUAAAUUGGUGUACCGACUGGCCUUCCGGUUGUCCCGCAGCCCCGCCCCCAAAAUAUGCAAAUCAAAAAACUUUUUACAACAUGGACAUGUGACAUGUCAAAACACUCAGAACAAUGAUCGGAAUUUCCUCACGGGUAUUCUGAUGACGUCACAUCACAUGCGCGUCUCCACUUACCUCCAAAUGUGACGUCACGUGAAAAUUAAAAAAUUUGUACAACAUGGACUUGUGACAUAUCAAAACACUCAGCCCAAUGUGGGAAACUUCCUCAAGAGUAUUCGGAUGACGUCACAUCACAUGCUCGUCUCCACUUACCUCCAAAUGUUUUCUCACCCUAGCUUUCUGGGUUCUUGCUUCCAAAACUAACACUGACCCUUAUGUCCACUCGCCUCCAAAAAGCACCGGCCUUUGUGAAUACUUGCACCGUCAAAGCCAACAUCAAAGUUUCUUGCGACAAACUUUACAAAUCUAGCUAUGCUUCAAAUUUAUACUUUUGAUUAUGUACCUAUUUUUAUAUACAAAGGAUUGCUUAAAUUAUGUAUUUUCUUGUUCUAAAAUAAAUAUGAAAUGCUAAAAUGAA